AUGGCCAAUAGUAGCAGUGAUGAGUCUGAAGACAGUACCAAGGCUAGUAUCGACCCUUGUACGCCAACUAAACAUGAUGAAGAGGAUGAUGAGGAGGAGGAGGAGGAUUCUGAUGACACAGAGUCAGAUGAAGAUGAUGGGGAGCCAAGACCAGCUCCAGAACGAUACACACCACAGACCACUGUGAUGGACAAACCAUGUGCUAAGCAAUCAGACCCAACGGUGCUCUCCCCGUGGCUUUCUGAGAACCGUAAACAGCACAAUGUCACUGAAGUGAAGGUGAAGAGUAUCGAAAGUGCACAGAAAAACCCAAAAGCUAUUGAUGACUGGAUAGAUAGCAUCAGUCAACUCCAUCGCUCCAAACCUCCAGCCACAGUACUUUACACCAGACCCAUGCCAGACAUUGAUACCCUGAUGCAGGAAUGGCCACCUGAUUUUGAAGAGCUUUUGGGCAAGCAAAAAAAGACAGGACCACCUGCUAGACCAUGUGAACCAGCUGAAACUGAUGAAGAGGAUGAUGAUGAUGAGGAUGAUUCUGAUGACACAGAAUCAGAUGAAGAUUAUGGGGCCCCAAGACCAGCUCCAGAACGAUACACACCACAGACCACUGUGAUGGAUAAACCAUGUGCUAAGCAAUCAGACCCAACGGUGCUCUCCCCGUGGCUUUCUGAGAACCGUAAACAGCACAAUGUCACUGAAGUGAAGGUGAAGAGUAUCGAGAGUGCACAGAAGAACCCAAAAGCUAUUGAUGACUGGAUAGAUAGCGUCAGUCAACUCCAUCGCUCCAAACCUCCAGCCACAGUACUUUACACCAGACCCAUGCCAGACACUGAUACCCUGAUGCAAGAAUGGCCACCUGAGUUUGAAGAGCUUUUGGGCAAGCUGAACCUCCCCACAGCAGAUAUUGACUGUGACCUGGAAGAGUACAUCGACACAAUUUGCAGUAUCUUGGACAUUCCAGUAUACGAGAGCCGAAUCCAGUCUCUCCAUGUCCUGUUCUCACUUUAUUCUGAAAUCAGAAACUUCCAGGUUUUCAACUCCAUCGCUCCAAACCUCCAGCCACAGUACUUUACACCAGGUACAAACACUAGCACACAGUGA